UAGAACACAGAGGCGGCGAUAAACAUGGUUUUUGUGGUACAGUGAUCAGGUUAGCAGAAUUAGCAUAUUUAAAACGAUAUGGAUGGUUAAACUGUAUGUGAUGUGAGGUGUUAAUUUGAAUCAAAUUAGCAUGAUUAACAUGGCAACUACGCGAAUAAGCAAUUGAUUCUCGUUGACUGUCAAGAUUUCCUAACGACCGAAUAGAUUGGAAUCCAGAUCCAGAGCGUCGAUAACCUCCCCUAUUACCACGUUUUCUCAGGAUACAAAGGCUCUGAAGACGAUUAAACACAGAUUAUCAUGGGUAACUUGUCUGUUCCCACAUUCAUAUGGUUGCUGCUGUUGUCGAUGAGUUGGGAAGUGAACUCAAGGUCAGAUUGUAAAAUCAAUGCCAAUGGAUGCAGUGUCCCGCUUGGCUUACCGGCUCCCUACAAAAAAACCUUCACUCCGGCUUGCGACAAACACGAUGUUUGCUAUUACUGCGGAGAGCUCUACGGAUGGGAUCAGAGGCAAUGUGACAAGGCCUUUAAAAGCGACAUGUACACACUGUGCGAAAAAAAUGGAAAACGCUGGUUCAGUCUCGGGGAUCUGCUGAACAAAAAGAAAAGAUGCAAGAAACUGGGUGCGGAUGCUUACUACACGGCUGUUAGAUCCUUUGGUCACCUGUAUUGGGAGAAAAAUCCGCCUUCGUGGUGUCAGGCAGCAUGCGCCAAAAAUCUCGGAGAUCCUAAUAGGCCGCUGAAUAUGUGAGAAUGUCCAAUUGAAUGAGAAAGGACAGAUGUGUUGAUGUAUGAUAGAGAAUAGCAAAGAAAAUACAUUCAAAGUGUGGGAAAUAAAGAAUAAAACUAUG